AUAACUAGGUUGUUGCACACUGAUGGCAGAAUACAUAAAACCCAGUUCCAGUGUGCAGUCCAAGCAGUUUGCAGGCCACAUGUUGUGCGAAUAUGAUCGAGCCUUGCGCUCUAAAGUUCAGCGGGUUGUUCGUGGCGGUGGGGGCGGACACUGACACGGCAGGACUCUCCUCUGCUGUCCUGCGGUAACAUUGUUGUGGAACGACGUCACACCUCGAAAAUGAAGGCACGGAGGCAGCCAUUACUGGAGCUUCUCUAAUUAUUUUAUUCCAAAUAAAUACUCACGGAAAACUCACAUGGCAAGAGCUACAAGUCAGAUGUAUGAUGUUGUGCCCAUUCAGCCCAACGUUGCCAUCUGUUCCUGCUCACAUCCAUCAAUGGCCAGAAACCACCCUGACUCCUGUUCGCCACUCGCCAUCCCGAGCACAAGCAGCAGUCACUGCCCCAACAUGGAGGGCUCAUCCCCGCAGCCCUGCGCCGUAGGAGCGCCCGGCGGCUCCCAGAGCGCCGACGGCCGCGCGCAGCCGGCCGCCCAGACGCCGCAGCCGCGCAAGAAGAAGCCCGAGGACUUCAAGUUUGGCAAGAUUCUGGGAGAGGGCUCCUUCUCGACGGUUGUUCUUGCAAAAGAGUUGGCCACAGGGAAAGAAUAUGCAAUUAAGAUUUUAGAGAAGCGCCACAUUAUGAAGGAGAACAAAGUCCAGUACGUGAAAAGAGAACGAGAUUUGAUGUCAAAUCUUGAUCACCCGUUCUUUGUAAAGCUCUACUUCACAUUUCAAGACGAUGAGAAGUUGUAUUUUGGUCUUAGCUACGCCAAGAACGGCGAACUGCUAAAAUACAUCCGCAAAAUUGGUUCGUUUGAUGAGACCUGUACACGGUUCUACUCGGCCGAAAUAGUUUGUGCUCUAGAAUAUUUACACAAAAAGGGGAUAAUUCACAGAGAUUUGAAACCAGAAAAUAUUCUUUUGAACGAGGAGAUGCACAUCCAGAUAACAGAUUUUGGAACGGCGAAGCAGUUAUCAUCUGACAGUAAACAAGCGAGAGCAAACUCCUUUGUUGGGACGGCGCAGUACGUGUCUCCAGAGCUGCUAACAGAAAAAUCGGCCUGCAAGAGCUCUGACCUGUGGGCUUUGGGGUGUAUUAUCUAUCAGCUGGUGGCUGGUUUACCACCGUUCAGAGCUGGAAACGAGUACCUAAUAUUCCAGAAAAUAAUAAAGCUGGAGUACGAGUUCCCAGAAAAAUUCUUCCCCAAAGCCAAGGAUCUAGUUGAGCAACUUCUGUCACUGGACCCAUCCAAGCGGCUCGGUUGUGAAGAGAUGGGAGGGUACGACCCGCUGAGGCAGCAUCCCUUCUUCGACACCAUUUCCUGGAGUGACUUGCACCUGCAGACGCCCCCAAAGCUCACGCCUUACCUGCCAGCGAUGUCUGAAGACGAUGAGGACUGCUACGGGAAUUACGACGACCUCCUGAGCCAGUUCAGCAACAUGCAGGUGGCGCCGUCGAGCUCGUCGCACUCCCUGUCGCCGCACGACUCGGCGCCGCCGCAGCGGUCCAGCAGCAACAUCGAGCAGUACAUCCAUGACCUGGACAACAACUCGUUUGAGCUGGACCUGCUGUUCACCGAGGAAGAAAAGAAAUUAUUGCUGGACAAACAGACCAAUGGGAACCCUUGGCAUCAGUUUGUGGAGAAUAAUCUGAUCCUGAAGAUGGGACCAGUGGAUAAACGCAAGGGCCUGUUCGCCCGCCGGAGGCAGCUGCUGCUGACCGAAGGGCCUCACCUGUACUACGUGGAUCCCGUCAACCGGGUCCUGAAGGGCGAGAUCCCCUGGUCCUCCGAGCUGCGCCCCGAGGCCAAAAACUUCAAAACCUUCUUCGUUCACACGCCGAACCGGACGUACUACCUGAUGGACCCCAGCGGAAACGCUGACCGGUGGUGCAAGAAGAUCCAGGAAGUGUGGAGAAAGAUCUACCAGAGGCACCAAAACCCAGGCCUAUAGGAGCACAAUCUGAGGCCAAUCACUGAGCAGAAUAACGCCCUCUUUAGUGCCCUUCAUCACCGCAACGUAAACAAACUCUUAGAGACGCUGGCAUCUAGACCUCGUUUGUUUUCCUGAGUAGAUCCAUGGGGGGAAAAUACAACUUUGGAUUCAGGGUUGCUUUGCUUGUUCUUUGUGCUCUCUGUGAGGCUUCUGUUGCAUUUUUUUCCAUGUAUGGAUGAUGAGACUUCCACCAUUUUGUACAUUCUGCUUCAGGUGGGGGUGAGUUUGGGGUUGGGGGGGGAGGGGGGCGGAGCGAGUUUGGGUACUGCUAGGACUAUCCUGAACGCACGGACUGGUUUCCUGCUUCAACGAUGACACAGAAUCUAGCUUUUAUGAACCAGAGCCUGACAAGAUAUCUUUAAUUAAAACCAUAUCCUAAUCAUACGUUAUAUGUGCGAGUUGUCGUAAAAGCCCGACUUUUAGUGCAUUUACUCUCUAGCUGUGACGGAUACUGUAAACUGAUUCAGUCUCACUUAAUCCCACAUGUCCUCUUUAUUUUUUAUUUCCUCCGUUUAUUCCCAUGGUGUUGGAGUUUCAGUCUCUUGGUACUUGCAGUCCAAUUAAAGCAGAGUGCUGGUCUGCAGUGAGACGUGGGUCUGAGUGAGCCUUCAUAGCUGUUACUAAGGUUGUUUUUGUUUUUCUUCUAUCGGGGCGGGUAAACAUGCCACUAGCUUCUACUUCAUCACCUGCUUCUCUUUCCUGCACGGCCAGUUUUGUUCCUAUGGCUUCUCUCUUUUGGGCACUGGAGAUGUAGUUUAAGUUAAAAAAAAAAAAAGAAAUGGGUAUUUUUGACAGCAUUUGCAACCUAUAAUUUGUUUUUGUACCAUUUUUAGUGGUUUUCAUGGCGUAAAUUCCCGCUGGUUUUUAAAUUUUGUUUUUAUUAGAACGGCUCACCUUUACUGAAAAUAAAAUCUGAUGUGCUGAACACAGGUAUUCAGUGCAUAGCAGUUUUUUUGUUUUUUUUUUUUUCGUUCCCCCCUCCACAGUUGGGGAAAAUAUUUUUUUACAGCAUUGGCAACCUAAAUGGUUGUUUUUGUACCAUUGUGCUGGUUUUCAUGGCAUGAAUUCAAGUAAAUUUUUUUUUAAGGGUAUUUUUGACAGCAUUGGCAACCUUUAAUUUGCCCCAUUUUACUGGUUUUCGUGUUAAUUCCCCCAAGUUCCUGUAGUUUAGUUUUUUGCUUAUCUUGGUUUUGUCACACUGAAAAAAAAAUUCCCCAUUUGCUGAACACAUAGAAAUUCAACGCAUAGACAGGUUUUUCCCCACACUGGAGAUGUAGUUUAAAGAAAAUAACGGUAUUGUUGAUGGCAUUGGCAACACUUGCACAAUGGGGUGUCUUGGAUUAGUUUUGUACCACUUGAUUUGCAUUUGAGGUGUGAAUUCCCCUAAAUUCCUUUUAUUUUUUUUUUGACAAUUUUUAAUCUUUACUGAAAAUAAAGUCUUGUGUGCUGACCUCAUACAUAUCUGUGCAUAAGCAGUUUUUUUCCUUCACUUUGGGCACCAGAAAUGUAGAUUAAAUUUAAAAUGUGUGUGUAUAUAUAAUUUGUUUUUGACAGCUUUGGCAACCGUUACAAUAAUUGGAUGUUUUGAAUUUUGCUGGAUUUUGUUGUUCCUCUAAAUUCCCUGUUUUUUUUUCUGAUAGGCUCAUCUUUACUGAAAAUAAAUUCUCAUGCCGACCAGAUACUUUAAUUUUUUUUUUUUUUAAAGAAACCAGUGGGGUUAUUUUGACUGCAUUGGCAACCUUUAAUUUGUCCCAUUUUACUGGUUUUCAUGGUUAAAAUCCUGUUUAUUUUUUGUUGGCUGAUCUUUACUGGAGGUAAAAUCUCGUGCUGACCUCCCCAUGCUGAACAGAGACACAUUCACCUUCUAUCACUCGGACGCAAUCAGAAAAAGCUGUUGUCGGCGGACAAGAUGGCUGCCUCAACGGGCUCUCUGCCCUUUUUAUUAUCUUUGAUUUUAUAUUUCACUCGUUUUUGGCCCAAUAGAAAUUAAAGCGAAUGAUUUGAUUUGUGCUCGUUAGUUUUUUUUUUUUUUUUUUUUUUUGCAGUAUGUUAUCGUAAGGCUUUUAUUUUUGACCUCGAGGUCGUUUGCGGAGGCCGCUCUUCCUUCAGCCGAGUGUGUGCAGUGAGUGGUUGGAUGUCAGUUUAAGGAAAUCCAUCUGAUCCAAAUAAACCGAUAAAAUUGCUGUAUCUGUCUGUAAAGUCGAGGGAAGGCCAGAAGAGUGUUUUUUAUUUUAUUUUUAUUUUUUCUUGAUCUAAAAAACGAAUCUAUUCUGAAUCAAGUCGAUGGCGGUCGGUUACAUCGUGUAUGAAACGCUCUACCUGGCUUGUAACUGACGAGAACUGUGAUGUACAGAUGAUGUAUUAUUAAAUCUGAAGCGAGUAAUGCAAUGAUAUUAGGAUACAGUUUUUGUAUUUUUAUUCUUGUAUAAGGUUAUUGAUGGCUAUUGUUUUAGCCUAUAGUUCAUUCUGUGUUAUUUAAAUUCUAAUAUAUGAAUCAUAUUUGGAUUGAAGUCAUGUUCAGGGGCCAUGUUGUGUAUGUAUUGAGAUGUAAAGCCUUUGAAUGUGAAUAAUUAUUGUAAACUAUAAUAUUUUACAGCUUUUUUUCUUACUAUAUCAUACAUUUUCUAUUUGCUCAGUGACUUAAUCAUAUUCUGAUAAUUUAAUGAUUCUGUUCAUUCUCUCUCUGAUUAUUUGUGCGCUAGGUCAGUAGAUGUUGAAUGAUGAAUUUUCCACUUAAUGCUUGGUAGUCCAGUGAUUAAAGCAUGUAGGGAUUUAGGCAUUCAAAUGAAAGCCAUGUGUCUUGUCUUCUGUUUAACAACCUUCGCCACGACGCUGAACUGCGUCCGGCGGAGACGACAUCUCACGUUUCUGCAGCAUGUAAAUAAAGUACCGACCCAUUA